AGUUAUCACAGUUGCAUUUCAAGCCGUCUCCCUACUGGUGAUGAUGGUUAUGUUAGUGCCACCCCAAGCCGUCGACCAACUGGUGAUAGUCACCGGAGUGAUUCCCCAGACAUUAGUAUGGAGAAACACUCUCACAGUGCUUUUCUAAAACCAAAGAGCAGGGAUAGUGGCUCAUCCAGGCCCCUCUCGGUUCCCGUUCAUGGUUCAGAUCCCAAUGAACUGCCGUACAGUUUCAAUGACAGCAACUGCACGAUCGCUGAAUCACACACCGAGCAGCGUCCACAGACCUGGGUUCAGGUCAUGGAACAGAUAGGAGAGGCAUUUCCCACAGUACCUGAAAUUCAUAUUGUCUCCCCAAACAACAAGCCAAUACUAGAAAGUUUUGAGGAGUGUACUUCGCAAAUGAUGACUCCAACCUCCAACCACACCGAUGUAAUAAGUAAGGGUAUAAAGUUCACAAAUGAGGCCAAUGACUUCAGUCUGGAGAUCCCAGAGGGAGCCAUUCCUGAGGGAGAGAGACUUGAUAUGGGGGUGACUCUUUCUGGCCCAUUCCAGUUCCCAGAAGGUCUGAGACCUGUGUCUCCGAUGUUCUUGGUCUGUGUUCAGGGUAAUCCAAACUUCCAGUUCUCCAAAGCAGUGUUUGUCACAGUCACCAUCCCUCACUUCCUUAACCUUAUGAACGAUGACGACAUCACGUCUCUGGGUCUCACUUUCCUCAAAGCAGACCACAACAAGAACUCUGUGGGUCUGUACGAGUUCCACAAAGCAGACGGACAAAUGAUCUUUGAACCUCAUAAGAGAUUUGGUGUUCUUCACACAACUCACUUCUGCUCUCUCUGUAUCGCCUGCAUAGACAAUCUGCAGAGUCUUGAGAAGACAGCAUUCUGCAUCACUGCCGUGCUACCAAACACCGCCAUCCCAGUUGGCAGGAAGGUUUACGGCUAUUUCUUCUUGACAUUGAACCUAGGGACAUGUCUCAGGAGACUGGACGAGAUAAUAAAAGGAAUGAACUUAGUCAGAUAUGAUGUGAAGAGGGAUUUGUUUGAGUUUGAGGCUACUAAAUCAUCGGAAGAGCCAACACUAGAGAUGACCAUUACUCAACCAGAGCAUGGAAGAAUUGGUGAAAAUGGAUCCAAGACUGUAAGUUCAUGAUUCAGUCUGUGGCAAUAUGAGAGUGAAUUGUAUUUCAGGUCCAAUGUAAAGAUAUUGACUUCUUCAUUCGAGAGUCAGAUAAGAAAAAGCUUUUGGCAGAGAUUAUGAUCAAAGAAAAUGCCGGGUUAUACCCUCCAAGGAUUAGUGUGUUUUUUGCUUCUACACCAGCCAAUACUACUCUGAGUGGUGGUAGGAUCGAGUUCAAAGGUGCCACAAAAAGCCUCUCAUAUGACAUUUUUCUGGCUCCAGGUAAGAAUACAGAAUUUUUGUGAUUAAUAAUGAACCUUUCUUAGAUGCAGAAGAUCGUGUACAGAAAAAGCCAUCGGAACUUGGUAGAGUUAUCCAAAACCGGACACUCAAAAUUGGUGAUCUUUUUGAAGUCAAAACCAAUGUAAUCGAUGUAGCAGGGAGAUGGAGAGAUAUUGGACUAGCUCUGGGUAUUAAGAAUCCCAACCUAGACACAAUUAAAAAGGAGUCUCUGUCUAACAUUGAGGAAUGUCUCACGAGUAUGCUGACACUGUGGCUGAAUCAGUUAUACGACACACAGGGGUGUGGAAUGCCGACGUGGCAGAGACUGAGUGAGGCUGUCGGUCACAACUGUGGUGGGAGAAAUGCUGCUUUAGCU